AAUACAGCCAGUUGGUUUUCAACAUUAAAAUCACGUAGAGUAUUCAACAGAGCUGUUCAAACUUGGCUUUGGUAUAAUAUGGCAUCUUGAAUCAAUCUGUUGCGCAAUUUGUACAAUGAUAAAUUUGACAAAUCAUCGGUGUAUGUAAUUACAAAACAAUCCGCAUCGCGAAAAUGAAAAUGACCGCAUAACGACUGUUCUGAUUACCAACACGGAUAGGUGAUAUUAAAAAAUACGUCGAAGUUGCAUAAGAAAAAAAGAAGCCAAUUGUUACCGAAUGAUAAACAAGUUAUUUAUUUAUUUAUUCAAUUAAAUUACUAAUUAACUAUACCCUCAACACGAUGAUUAAUCGGGAGUUUGGCGCUCCUUUCUACAUCGUCGAGGACAACAAAGGAAAUCGACCCCUGCGCGAAGUGGUAAAUAGGGAUGGAAAAUUACGGAGGGGGACGACGCCGGCGUCGAGACGUCUCGUCGACGAAACGAAGAGGAGAAACGACAUCGGUUCAUCGCCGAGGAAAAAGGAAAGGGACGGCGAUCGACCAACGACGCCACCGCGAAACUACCACCAUUCCAAAAUACCGCGACGACGACGCAGUUGGACGUAGUCGCGACUCCAAACGGCUUGGUUCGUCAGUCGGUAGUCGGUGGUGGCUGCGGCCUGUGGUAGCUCUGGAUUCCGGUCUUUGAUUUCCGAUCCCUUGGAUCCCUCGUAAGAAAACAUCCCCCAUCAGCUCGGGAACCGAGCCUAAGACGCGGCUGUUUCCGGGUUGCGUCAUGUAACAGGAUCCCUUCCUCCGGGGAAUUAGCCCUGAUACCAUGAAGGGGAAGCCUCCACCCCUAGAGGAGUAAUAUUCGAGUGUUUGUAGAGAUAAUCGAAGAGGUGAGAUGAGCAGCAGCAGCGGUGGCGGAGGAUUCGGCGUCGGCGUCGGAGUUGCGGGAGGUCCGGGUCUCGCCGCCGCUCAGCAGGGUCAGGGCGUCGCGGCGUUGUUGGUCAUGCUGGCCGUUCUUUGCUUCAUAUUUGCCUACUGCUGUUGGGGCGCUCCGUUUUGCAGGUCUUUGUGCAAAAAGCACUGCUGCUGUCGCCUCGAGGAUCCGGAACCGGAUCCACGGUUUGGUAGCACGGAUCAAGCCAUGGUCGCCACGCCGACGAUCAUCCUCCUUCCACACGGUAGAAUGCUGGUCGUUGAUGGGACUGUUUUUACGCAGUUCCAAGCCGACACCACGGGCUUGGAUCUCGUUGAGCUCGGGGAGAGCGUUAUUCGAGCUCAGCGGAAUCCCAGGAGUUUGAACCGGCACCAACUCAGGAGCAGCCAGGGCAGUGUAAUGGAGAUGGAUGCCGAAACGCCGAGCAAGGAGAGCCUCGGUUCUUUGGGAGGCUGCUUCGCUCCGCCUACCUACGAGAGUAUAUACGGAAAGGACGAAGGAGAUAUGCCACCGUCCUACUCGGACAUACUCUUGCAUAGGUUCGGGAACCUCCCCUACGAGUUGGACGUGCAAGAGUUUGCUCAGGACGGGAAAGAAGAAAUCGAAAUGCAGACGCUGGAAACGCGGCCGCGUGUUAUUGAGAACCCAGCGAACGUGCAGGGGAAUAAUUUUUAUUACGGUGGUAUUGGCAGUUUUUCCACGCCGAAUUUUCCACAGCAAAAUGUUACUAGAAAUCCAACUUUGACGGAUAAUCCACUGGACGAGUAUUACGCCGACGUUAAUUUGGACGCCUAUACAAUAUCCACUGGCAUGAUCGGGUCUCACGGUUACGACCGCGAGGUCGAAGGUAAUUACGUACUUCGUAACGAAGGUAGCAACGAAAGUUUUCGUAACAUUGUUCACAACGAAACUGAGAUACAAAUUAGUGAUCGUCAGUUAGACGUUAGCAGCUUAAGUUAUGUUAACGAAAACUUGGGCAACAACUCUGCCGGAGUCGCGGAAUCAUCGAGAAAUCGUUACUCUUCGCCGAGUAGCGAUGCGAGAUACGACCAUAGACCGGUUUUUUCGGAACCUGGUUCCUCCGACGAGGGAGAGCCUGCAGGAGACUUUGGUACACUACCUGAUAUUCGAGAGAGCAGAGUGUGAGCGAAGAAGAAAAAAAAAGAUGAACAAUCGAUAUUAUUGCAUUGAAUUUAAUAUUUAUUAUGAGAUUAUAUAACCCAUAUUGAUUAUCAUAUUACCGAAAGAGAGCGCAAAAACAUCCAAAAUGCCCGUUGCAUUUCAUCGUACAAGGGCGAGAGUGGACUUGAUGAACGCCGAAAGUUUGUUCGGAGGUACAAGGUACCUGAUAUUUUUCUUUCGUAGACUGAAUCGAUUGUACUUUUCUCCUUUUAUCUUACUUUCCGCACACAUCAUCGCUGGAAACCGCACAUUACGUAUGGAUUUGAACAGCAUUUGUUGAUUGUGUGCAAACUGCAAUACUGCAAACAUCAUAGCUGUUCUGUAUACCGAAUUGCAUACUCGUUAGGCUGUGUCGUGCUUUGUUUCUGGGUCAGGCACAUGAAUCCAUAUAAUCACAUAGGUAUGUAUGCAUGAAUACAGUAGAGUAUAAAUUGCGAACAUAUUGUGAACGCAGAGGUGGUCGAUAGUACUCGCAGAAUAACUUCAUUUCCAUGAGAGAGUGAUGGUAGCUACAACAAUAUUGUGAAAUAUACAAAAAUAUAUUUUGGUAUUUCAUUAAGCGACAGUCCAUAACAUAAUAUAUAGGUAUACGCAUUUGGAUACACUUAGAAAUAAUAGGUACACACAUAAAUUCAUCCACAUAAUGAUAUUUGUAGAUACUCAGGAGUUGUUCCUGGUUGACCAUCAUUCAAUUAAUAGGAAACAGCUUCGUAGAAUGAAAACCGUGUGCAUUUCGAAAUCCGAGAGUUAAAAUCUGUACAGUUAUUGCUCUUCGUUUUAGCUGAUGAGAGAAGAAUGAUACAUGCAUGAAUGUAAUUAUACAUUUACAAGCAUCUGUAUGAUCAGUUUUGCGCGAUUGAUGAUGAAUGACUCGAGGUCUGAAAAGAUUGUCGUAUAGGCAUUUCUGUUUGGAAAAUGUAUCAUGCUCGUGUUUCACUUCGGUGAAGAUGUGGCUGAACUUAUUGAUCCUAUUCCACGAAUCAAAUAAUCUUUCGGUCGAACAGUUGAUUAGUCGGGGCUGAAUGGUUGAUUUUACGUCAUUUCAAGUUUCGAAGUCAUGAAAGUAUGAGAAUGGGCAACUCGUGCAAUCGAAUGGUCUGUUACCAGAAAAGUAAAUAUACCCGAUUCAAGCGUAAUCUGAGAAAUGUAACGAUUUUAAUGUUCAUCAUGAUGUUACAAUUAUUAAGACGAGAAUAAAAUAAUUAUGUAUAUUAAAUAUUUAAUAUCUAGCUGUACUAUAUUAUACAUACACACAAUAAAAUCAAACUGCAAACGUU